AUGGCAAGGUUUUCCUUGUUUCAAUGUUUUACUAAAAUCCUUGCAAUUUUUUUUUUCGUAGAAGCAUACCAAUAUUACAAGGAUAAUGGAUAUCUUAAUAAGUCAGCUUAUAGUGUAAAUAAAUUGGACAAUCCAUUUAACUUAAAGGUAAAUAGGUUAUUAUCAGUGUAUGAUAUAAAAUAUAAUUCAACAAACGAUGACAUAGAAAAUAGACAAACGAGUGAAGAGGAUAUGUCAAAAUUAAUGAUAAAUAAACGCUUCAAAACAAAGAGCACCUUAAAAAAAGUGGAUACGCACUGUGAAAAAAAAUUAUUCAAGGAUUUUAGUCAAAUACACAACGCUAUGGGAGAUGAUAACAUUCCUUUAUACAAAUCUCUUAAAAAAAUUUUCAAAACUGUUUUUUUUAUAUUGGUUGUACCUAUGAUUACAUAUUUGGUGGGAUAUUUUUUCUUACUAAAGGGAUAUGAAUGGAAAAUAAAUUUAAUUAGUGUUUACUUAUUUUUUUGUGCUUUAUCUAUAUGUAUGCUUAUAUAUAUUUUCGUAAAAUUUUUAAAGCGCGACGUAGUAAAAAAAGGGAGAUUUAGACCAAGAUUUCAUGAUUACUUUUACUCUUUAAAAAAUCUAUAUAAAUAUAAUUAG